ACCUGAUCUGACAUUGUCGAUCGGCAUUCCGCACCCGAUGGCCGAGAUGGACGCGUCCAUCGAGACGCUGGCGAACAGCGCCAUCGCUGCCGGCUGCCUGCAGGCCGUCAUGAGCAUGGUGCAUCCGGAGCUGGUCAAGUUCGUGGCCUUCCAGAAGGAGCGCGUGGCUCGCAGCGACGCUGAGCGGCCCACACGGAACUCCGGACGAGUGACCAACACUCUCGACGUCUCCAAUCUGAGUCCUGAACAGCAAGCAGACCUGUCGUUCCAGCUCAAAUAUCUGCGGCAACACUGGCACAGUCACUUAAGGUACUACGGACUGGACCCGGAGCUGCCGGGCGUCGUGCAGCGUGCUCUCAUGUACCGGAACAAAGUGUCGCAUCAGAGCCACAUGACUCUGGACCAAUACGAGGCGGCCAUCGCCACAUUCCAGAGACUUGCAGACAUUAUCGAGUGUAACUCGACUAUCAGACAACAGAUUAAGGAGCUCGUGGCCAAGUUAUUGUCAUUUUCGCCUCUGGGCAAGAAGCAAGAGGCCCAAAAUGAGGGAACACAGGUAGAAAACCAGGAUAAAAGGCAAGAACAAGACAGCAAGAGCGGGGGGAGCGAAGUAUUGAUGCCGCCCGUAGCAUCGUUGGACCAGAUUCUACAGCAUGAGUAUCUUUAUGACGGGGACGAGAACGAGGAGCCUCUGUGGAUGGAGCUGAAGCUCAUUGGCAACGAUUAUUUUAAGGAGGGAGACUAUACUGAAGCUAUUGAGGCAUACUCGCAGGGUUUAGUAGUAGCGCCGAACCAGGCCGUGCUGUAUGGUAAUAGAGCGAGGUGUUAUUUGAGGCUGAAGAAGUUCAGCCGCGCCCGGGAAGACGCAGAGAACGCGUUGGAAGCGGAUAAUUACAAGAACAUCAAGUACUACAGGUUGCUGUCGGAAACGCUGAUGGGGAUGAAGGACUUUGACGAGGCCAAGGAGAUCUGCGACCAAGGACUGGAGCUGGAGCCUGGAGAUGUGGUGUUAAAGAGUAGAAAACGCACUGCCGAGACGAUGAUUAAAGAGGAGAAAGCUGCGUACGAGAAGGAGAAGAAACGAAUCGAAAUGGAGGAGAGAGCGAAGGUUGAGGCAGCCAAUGCAGCAGCUGCAGCGAAGGCUAUGGAGGAUGCGAUUACAGGCAAGAACAAGGCUAAGAAGAAGAAAAACACGGUUAAGAAUACCGCUCCGGAGAUGGAGUUGGUACCGAUGAUCAAUUAUCAGGAAGUUCCUGCGAAGUGGGUCGAGGUUCACACGCGCGGUUCUCGAAGACUGGAGAUGUACCAGCAAGGCAUGGAGAGUCUUGUUGUGGCAGCGAAAGCUCUACUUCAAGUCACUGAUAGCAUUGGGAUGCCUGGCAGGUCGAAGUUGCCCUUGGAGCAGUUGGUUAAAGAGGGUAUGACAAACCUCCGUAAGGCCGGAGAAGCUGGCGUUGCGGAGGCCUGGUUCCGUCUUGGUGUGCUCUACAGUAGCAGUGUACGCAAAGGAAUGCCGUUGACUGCGGACCCACACAGAAUGCUGGAAUGUUUCCACAAGGCAGCAUCGCUGCGUCCAUUCAUCAAACCGCCGGGAAAUCGCGUGUUCCCGCACCAAGGCGUGGCUGAAGCUGAAAACGAACUGGGCGUUUGCUAUCGCGACGGCAUCCCUGCUUCAGUCGUGGCAGCAGACCCGACGAAGUCUUUCCACUUCUUCUUGAGGUCAGCAGAGCACGACUUCCCUUUGGGUCAGUACAAUGUCGCCCUUGCAUACUCAGCCGGAAGAGGAACUGCGGCCAAUGCGUUUGCAGCGCGGAUGUGGACGUCACGCGCAGCACAGCACGGACUACCCGAAGCGCAGCAGUAUCUAGCCCAGUUGUUCGAAAAGGGAUACGGGGGGAGACGAGAUGAGACGCAAGCGCGGCAAUGGUCUCUUACUGCAAGUCAGAACCGACUCACAGACCUCUUGAUGAAACAUGAUUUCGCUGACGUGGGUGCCACUGCAUUUGGAGGCGGUGAAAUAGCAGACAAAUUUGCUAGUAAUCCUAAAGCUUCCCAGCGGGGGAAAGAAGUGUUUCAGCAGUUCUAUGACGCGUAUUUGGACGAGACGAGUAACGGAGAGAGCGCCUUUGACGCUGUUGACAGUGACGGAGGAGAGAUAAAGAUCACCAAGGUAAGCUCGUACACUCCUAAAGCCACGUCUUCCUCGGAUCACAUGGGCUGGAGUGGCAUUUAUAGACCGCCUUCGGCUGUCAUUGACUCUGAGAUUCAAGCUCGUGCGAAGAAUGGAGGCAUCACCGCGUGUAAAUAUUUAGAAUCUGGAAGGCUGGUUGGAAAUGCGAGUAAACUCCUUGCUUCUGGGGAAAUCAAAAGCGCUCUGCGGGACUUAAAGAAGGCGGAUUUACUCUGGGAACGACCGAAAGCUAUGUUUACGACCACUGCCGGGUCUGCUGACCUGCUGCCGAAGGUGCUGAAGGAAGCAGCCGUAAGUCUCCAGAUCAAUCCCAGAGAUAUCGAUGCGGCGUAUGUGAUCGGUAGGUGGGAGAUGAUGAGUGACCAAGACGUUAUUCUGCACUGGAAGCGAUGCGUGAAGCUGCAUCCGAAUGAAGCUUCUUUUCAUUUUUACUUGGGCGCGGCGUAUCUGACGCUCAAACGCUACAAUGACGCUAUGGACGCCAUGGAAGCAGCUUUAGCAAUCGAAAAGAAACCGGACUGGUUGUACUGGUUCGCUGCGCCGAUGAUCGGCUUGGGCAUGAUUGAUCCAGCGCUGGCUGUCUACAAAGAAUAUGUCGAUAAUAAUCCUCCUGACGAACGAUUUAUACCGGACGCGUACUAUUCAAUCGGUGCGUUGUACUUCAAGAAGUACAACAAUGCCAUGGCUACAGUCUACCAUGAACUGGGACAAAUGGCCGAGUCUGUCGCCAUCCGCUUUCCUGCUUUCUUCCCUCGAGUUCUGCACGAUACUGCCAAGGAAACACUUCGGUCUGGUAUGAAGAAGAAUGGGUACAUCGAGUCGUCAGUGAUUGCGAGUAUUAUGGCGCAGAAUAUGAUCGAGUGUGGAUUCUGUACGACCAAGAUCAAGCCGACUCAGUUGCUUGGCCACAAGUUAUCCAAGUGUCCGCGGCGGACUGUUUCGUGUCAGGAUUGCAACGAGGAAAUGGUGUUUGAUUUUCUGCAGCCUCACAGACAGUCACGACAUGCUAGCAGCACCAGGAACGGAAAGAAGAAGAAGAGCAAAAAGAAGAAGAAAUCCACGGCUGAGAAGAACACGGAGACUGCUGUAAGUACUUCUACUCCGAGUCUAAAAACAAGCGCUGAUCUACAGGAGCUGACAGCGCCGAAGUUUCACUUCGCGGGAGCCAUUGUUGACAUUACGAAAGCGAAGAACCACACGGUGUUGUCGCUGUGGACAGUAAUCAACCAGCGCUGGACUUUACGCGUGGAGCACACUACCUCACCGUUAAGUGCCGUGUUCGACGCUGCAAAAGCUAUCGAUGGAGCUGAAGCGGACAACUCGGUGCUGGUGUUUUGGCGUCGGCCACCGUCACUGGAGAUGAUCGAUCGACGAGCACUUGCCGUACCGAUGGAGGGCGACGUGUAUGGACAGGAUGUGGUCAUUUACGUGCUCAAGUGCUCAUCACAGGCGCUGGCCUUCGAGUUAUGUCAGUUGAGACACAACAAGUACAUGGAAAACGGGAUGCUUUGCGCAGCUUGUGGUGAUCCACCCUACUUCGGUGAGGGUCUGUCAGCUUGUGGCGCCUGUAAGGCGGUCAAGUACUGCUCGAGUGAUUGUCAGCGAGUUCAUUGGAAACGAGUUCACCGUCACAUGUGUAAACAGACUUCCUUACUGAGUUUCUGCACUAUGAUGACGGAGGACGUAACUCCAGAUGAGAGAGCUGGGAAGACAUCCACUGGACGUCUGAUGCAAGCGAAGAAGGACAAUCCUCCACCUAAUAUCAGCCAUGAAGAGGUCGUCUAUGUUGACGACACAGUGCAGAUUCUCGAGGGCAUUUUCGAGACUGCAAAGGCCAAAACUAUUGGCCCAGAGCUAGCCGAGUACUACAUGCUACCUCCUCGGGAUCCGUCACGCCCAAACAUCAUCGAAGGCAGCGUCCGUAUAUUUUCACGGUCAAAGGAAUUCUACGUGGAGUUCAGCAUUGGGUACUUGACGUCGACACCAAACGUACUGCAGCAGGAAGAGCUGCACUACUUUUUCCAGAUCCCACCGCACAAUCCGCUCAAGUUGAAGAGCGAUGGAAGCCAAGUGUUUUUAAGGGACAGCAAGGUAUACAUGGACGAUGAUUCCGCCAGAGGCUUCCGACUGGUGAUGGAGAUGUCGCUCGACACGUACUCGCUUCCAGCAAUCGCAGAGCUGCUCGACUACCUGCUUUCGAACACAAAUUUGUGUGCUGGAUCUUGAUCAAAAGUUGUUCUAUGGGUUGUAUUAGCUGGGCCAAUCCGUAUAUGUUGCACAAGCCAACUGAUUAGUUAGCACUGAUUAGUAUUUGCCGGCCUUAAAAGAGACCAAUCAGUGCUGACUAAUCAGUCAUUACGAAGAGACUGUCGCUUCGUUAAACUAUGGCAUUUAACAACUACUUGUCAAUUAAACCAUCCAGCGAAGGACAAGAGUAUCGAUCAUGCGUAUGACCAAAUUCGGGUUCGGGACUUUACUCGCGUUGGUCAUGUUGGUUGAAACUACUACAUGUAGCGAUGUCACGGUUACUGCUAACACGAACACAAAGGGAACGGCGCCAAGAACCGAUGCUAUGUCUGCUGACGAAGAAGAGCGGUGUGGAAGAUUAUCCCAGUGUGAGCCAAUGAUUGAGUUCAGGAGAUGGCUCAACAGUUUCUUUUUCUGAGCGUAGCGAUGACACUACGUCUCGUUGAUGGCGAUAAGAUCCUUAACUUGAUCACGACGGAGUUCAUAAUACAGGGGUUGCAUUAGACAUAUCACUAAUCGAGGAGGGAAACCCUGGCAUACCUGAUAGAACCUGUGAACAGCUCUUCGUACCAGGUAUAGCAGUAAAUCAGAUUUGAAAGUAGAGCAUCCAAGCUGCAGCCACGUGAAGCCGACAUCAUUGUUAAGGCGACGAUAUCGAUCCAGACAACUACAACAGACGCUCGAUAAAGAAGAAGGUCUUACUCGUGACAUCUACGACGUAGGUGAGUAUUUAACAAAGCGGUGGAUGAAAUCGUGCUGGCGCGGGCUGGGUCACGCCGAGGUCGGUGAUCUUGUGUUAAACUGCUUUCGACACACUAAGAUCGUGGCUGGGAUGACAUCAACCCGUCGGAAGGAGGAUGAGCUAGUGAGCAGAGAGAUUAUUGACUGCUCGAAUUGUCUUCAAGUUCGAGAUUCAAUUAUCAUUGACGACUUUGUUUGCAAUUCUGCUGAAGAAGAUGCUGUAAUGGAGUAGUUAUCGAGAGAAUAAUAAGCUAAGAGGUACUGCCUGCUGAGAACAAGAAGCCAACACUACUCAGAUAUCGGUAACAAGAUUCUUUCAGGCUCGAUAAAUGCUAUCAGAUUUACAGAAUUGGGGA